GAGAGGGCUGACCUGUCAGGCUCUGUGCUGGAUGGAAGAGCUGCUGCAGCUUGGGAGGGCUGGGCUUGUGUUAACAGAGAGGAGCUGGAACAAACAGAGCGGUGUAAAACAUCGAGUUCUUAAAUAGAUUCUAGAGUUGUUCUGGUUCCCAAAGCUUUUACACUUCCUCCCAGUAAUGAUUUAAUGGGAUUGACUGCCAAAGCAGAAAUUAAAAGUGUCUUCUUGAUUGUCUUUGGUGUUGUUCUUCCGGCUCUCAGUGACUCCUGUCUGUGCCAGUGUGCCAACCUGCCAGGGGUGAAGAUGCUGCGCUCCAACGCAGAGGGAGCGUCCCUGAAAGGCUGCAACUCUGAGGACCCAUCAGGCCUUAAAGCUCAUCUGGAAGGUGCCAACCUGAAAGGAGUGGCCAUGGAGGGCAGUCAGAUGACAGGAAUUAACCUCCGAGUUGCAAAGUCAGCUGGUAAUUUGGGGGAUUGCUGGCUUUUGGCUGACCUCUCCAGCUUCAGAGUACAAUGGAGUUCAGGUUGUGACCUCUAGGAAGCCAAUUUGAGGGGCUCUGAUGUGAAAGGAGCCAUCUCUGAAGAGAUGCUGACCCCCCUGCACAUGUCCCAGAGCGUCAGAUAGGGAAG